GACGCGGCUAGGCCCACCGUAUAAAUACAACCGGCGGCGUGGGACGCGCCACCAGUGUCUGUCUGUGCCGUGAACCGUCCACCCCUCCGAUCCCCAAGAUGAUGAAGAUCGCCCUCGUGCUCGUCGUGGCCGCCGUGGCGCUGUCCGACGCCCGGCCCCAGGGAGGCGCGCCCGCCGCCGACGAGAAGCCCAUGCCGUACGAGUUUGAGUGGAAAGUGGACGACGCCGAGUCCAAGAACAACUACGGGCAGAACGAGGUUGGCAACGAGGCCGGACGCGUUGAGGGCAAGUACUACGUGCUGCUCGCCGACGGCCGCACCAUGACCGUCGAGUACUACGUCGACGGCGACAGCGGCUUCGUCCCCAAGAUCUCCUUCUCGCGGUAGUUCCGCCCGCCGCUCGGGGGCAGCGCUUCACUUCCCAGCCGAGCUGACGCGUCCAGACGGCGGCGUCCUACCCGCGCCAGCAUCUGGUCUACGUCCUACCCGGGGAGCGUGGCGCAGUUAAAAAGUGUCCCCCACCCCGCCCCACUCCCCGCCUGCUCAUGCAUAUUGCUCGCAUCGUACCGUGGAAUUUCGUAGCUGAGACGAACGAGAGAAAAAAAAACACAACGAAAUGGUUCACACUGCUCGCGCUCGCGGUCGGUCGCGGUGCCCUGGGAUCCCCCCACACGUUGUACGAUUUUUAUUGUUCCUAGAUGCAAUGUUACCAGUGCCUAUUUUUAUUGCCUCCCCAGGGAGGUGGCGUUUCGGAGUCCGGAUCCCCAUAAUGUUCCCUGGGGCAGGAAACCUGCUUUUGUGAUAAUCUAUUUCUAAGGUGAAGUGCGUUUCGACGUCACUUUAACGUUUCUGUAAAACUGCCAUAAAAUAGGACACAACACCAAUGCUCUAGAGUUAUUCGGUCAGAUCUGGCAUCUGACUCGAUGACGACACCAGAACGAGGAAACGACACAUUUUUACAACACGCUUCUGAAUGUAGAUCCACAUUAGGCUUCUCCUUCGGGAGCACAAAUCAAUCCCAUCUACCUGUACCUCAUGUUGUGAAACUUUGUUGAUAAAUGAAUAAAACGUGUUGUUUUUUUUUAA